CCCCCCCCCGCCGUUCGCCUCCUUUCUCUGCCCUCCUCCUCGCGAUGAAAUUCCGCUUUUGUGGCGACCUUGACUGCCCGGACUGGCUGCUGGCCGAGAUCAGUCUCCUGAGCAAGUUGACCUCCGUCCGUAUCAAGUUGCUCAGCGUGCAGGUCAUUCACGCCCUGACUGGCGGGCAGAUCGACUAUGACCGUGUUCACAUGCUCGUGUCCAUCAUUCACCUGAGCGAGGCCGACACCAAGGCCGUUCUGGCGGCCCUGUGGUUCAUCAUCUCCUCGGCCGCCCGCGUGGAGAUCUCCCGCCCGGUCCUGGCGGAUGAGCUCCAGCAGCUGGGUCUGCCGCGUGAGCACUGCUUCUCCAUCAGCAAGGCCUACGAGCAGCACCGGGUCCACAUUGUUGGGUACCUGCGCCAGUCCUCGCUCCGGGGGCCGCGGCUGGUGGGCAUGCCGGAGUGGCGCGUCGGGUACACCCUGGCCUCCGGGUCGACGACCGGCGGGGUGUGCUAUUCGCACACCGCCAAGGCCGGGCCCUUUGCCACCCUCUCGCUCAAGUACCAGCCCUCGUACGAGGAUCGCACGCUGCUGCGCCACACCCUGCAGGCCGCCACCGCCGGGGCCACCGGCCAGGUGAAGUCCCUCACCUUCGACAUCGACCGCGACACCCUGUCCGUCCUGAUCCGCGAGCUCAAGGAGGCGCGCAAGUGCAUCAUCUCCCCCCCGGCUGCCGCGGCCACCAACAACUAGGGCCCACCCCCCCCCCC